AUGGCGGCGACAUCUUCGGCAAAGUGUGAUGGAACGGAUGCUACAGGGUUACGCGUAUUCCUUCCCGAUCCUUCCACCGUCUUCCUAUAUCUAUCUCUGUUCCAAUUUCCACCGUCUUCCUUUUAUCAUCUUCAUCAGGUCGAUGGUUCUUCUACUUCAUGCAGUCGUCUGGCUGCACGACCGCGACCGUGCCUCCAUUUGAUCGUGUUAUUCUUUCCAGUACCUUCAAUUACCCUUUUGUUCUUAGUCUUCGUCUCCACCGCUUCUCGCCUCCACUGCACCGGAAUCAACCAUCCAUACACUGUGCGAGUUCCGCAAUCGAUAUCAACCACAGAUAACCCACAUCUGAUCCGGCGGAAAUUCAAAAAACCCUACACCACCGGUGCUACGAGAGUACUCAGCGGUAUCAUCUCCAUCAUCACUACCAGUCUCCUUCAUCCCUGUAUUUGGCUUCUCCGCUGCCCUGUUCUUCGCCGACGCACCACCAUCAGCAGCAUCCGCAUUCGACUCGCCUUCUUUGGUCUCCCUAUUUGUACUUUUGGAGAAGGAUUGAGCAUAUACACAUGGGAAACAGACGAUGCAAAUACUCAUCAAAUACUUUGUUUGCUUCAACAACUCCAUACUCCCAACCUUCUUACACUUAACUUGGGGAUUCUCCAUGUUGUUUAUCUUUCCCAUUAUUGUAGUAUAAGAGUGAAUGGAGAAGAUCACAUACCAUUUCUUCACAAACAAAGUAUAGCCAACUUUGAAGCACUUUCUAAAGGAGGGGCUUCUCUUUCCAGACGCAAGUGUAGUUUCCUCUUUCAAUUGUUGUCGGUUUCGCCACCGCCACUGGUCUACGCAUCCAUUCAGCUACUGCUGUUACAAUUUACAGCAAAUGAUCACACUGCAGCAAUCUCUUUUGUCUGGGAAACAGGUCAAACCGGUGUAGCAACAGCAGGUGCGCCCAACAUGGGAGAUGCCCAGCAGAAACAAAUCAUUGAUGCUAAAGAGGUGAAGGUUGGAUUGUCUACAAAGAACGCCCACAAAUUUUGUCCAUGCUGUAAUGAACGAAUCAUGCUAUGA